AAAUAAAAGAAAAAAGUGAUGCAGAUUUUGAUAAAGAAGAACUUGAUAGAGUACGACAAAAAUUUAAUGCAAAAUAAUUAGCUCAGCAAGAAAAGAAAAAAACACUUCCACUUGGUAUUGAUGAUAAUGAUAAUCAAAAAGAUAUUUCAUCAACAAAAGCGUAAAUUUAUUAGAAAGAUUUCGUGUAAAAGUUCAUACUGCUAAAGAUGAACAAAUUAGUGAAUCUUUAAAUGAAACACAAUCAGAACAAAUAGCUGAUAAAGUUCAAACAUCAUUUUUAAAACAUACUUUUGUAUCUCAAGAAUUAUUAGAUAAUGUUCAAGAUAUUUAUACAAAUGCUGAAUUAUUAACUGUUUAUGAUCCAAGAAAUCCAAUGACUAAACGACGAUGA